UUGAAUAACUGAAGUUGAAGUUGAAAUAUUGUUUAUGUAGGUAUAGAAAUUUAUGAAUUGUGAUGAGAAGUACGAGCCGUUGCUCGCCCAGUUACACACAAGUUGUUUUUAAAUGUAUUUUCUCUUGGGAUUUAUAAUUAGCCGAGUGAGCUAGAAGUAUGUACCAUAUCAAAGAUCACAAGAUUUUGAACAGUAUUAUUUUAACUAAAUACUUGGUAAACCUUUGCAAAUGAAAAUGUUUUCCACGAAAUUCAAAAAAUUGGAACUAAUCGAUUGCAAAUUUUAAUAUAUUCAAAUUAAUUAAUUUCUAUUAAAAUUAUACCUAAACCACUUCAUUUGUAUACAAAAUUGAAAAAACCAUAAAAUAUGGCAUGUUACUGUUUUAGUAAGGAGUUGGCGUCCUCCUUUGACCCCAAGCGCCGCGCGCGGUGCGGUGAAGAGGGGACUGAUCCCAGGCACGUUCGCAAAAAACGGGUUUUUAUGCAAUAAUCUUUUUCUGCAGUUUUAACGUAAUUAAAUAAGUAGAUGUUUGACGAACUACUCAAGUGCUUGUGUUUACCGUGUAUUCUUCAAUUUGGUGUCAUGGGGCAAGAAAAGUGUUUUUAUGAGGAUUUGGAUCUUGAAUCAAAUGAAACCUUUCGGACGUCGGAUGGAGAAAAUUAUUUGAAAUGCAAUGGGUUUUUAUUUCCUCCACUUAUCAAAAAAUUUGCCGAUAGGAUUAGAAAAAUGGAAGUUCGAGAUGAUGAUAUCUGGGUGUGCUCAUUUCCAAAAUCAGGGACAACUUGGACCCAAGAAAUGGUAUGGUGCUUAGCAAAUGGCAAAAAAAAAGACGAAGAAGCCGUUGAGAAACCCAUUUUUGAACGAUUUCCAUUUUUAGAGAUUUCUUUUUUUUAUGGCGCCAACGAACCAAUGGGAUCGGAAAAUUCAGUUGAGGAUGUUGAAAAGCUAGCUUCUCCUCGGUUCAUAAAAACACAUCUACCGUUUAAUCUACUGCCUGAAAAUUUACGGAAUUUCUCAACCAACGCCAAGAUCAUUCAUGUUAUGAGGAACCCAAGAGAUGUAUCAAUUUCAUUUUAUCACCAUCUCAGCAAAUUAUUCAUAAGCUACUACGGAUCUUUUCCUCAUUUUGUGGAGAUGUUUUUCAAAGGAAUAGUGCCUUAUGGACCGUUUCCAGCACAUUUGAAAGGAUACUUAGCGCACGAGGAAAGUCCCAACAUCUUGUUCCUGAAGUAUGAAGAAAUGAAAAAAGAUUUAAGAACCGUUAUGCAUAAAACAGCAAAUUUCAUUGGCAAAAGCAUCGGUGAAAGUGAAGUAGAAAAGUUACUCGACCACUUAUCGUUUUCUAAAAUGAAGCAGAAUCCAGCUGUCAAUUAUCGGUCAGUUUUGGAAGCUCUCAAAAAAUCAAGUAUGGCUGAUAAAAACGAAGACCAAUUUAUGCGUCGAGGAAUUGUCGGAAAUUGGAAAGAGAAACUAGAUCCUGAACUAUGUGUAAAAUUUCAGAGAUGGGAGGAUGAAACAAUGAAUGGGAUUAAUUUUACAUUUUCUGUUUAAAUUUUUUUCUUAUCGGUUGCAUAAUGUACUUACCUACCUAUUGUAUUGGAACCUAUCCAAAAAAGAAAAAAAUAUAUAUUUAACGAAGUAUAAAAAAUUAUA